CCGCAGAGGCCUCACUGUGUGUUCACAUUCUGUUCCUAAGCAGUCCGUGUCAGGAGGAGCAUGGCGACAUGAGUAACGCGGACAUCAUCUGUUCUACAAACCUUAUCAUUCUUUUGGAGGAUGAAACAUUUGCUGAUUUUUUCAACACAUUUCUUUCUCUCCCGGUUUUUGGUCAAACACCAUUUUAUAAUGUUGAGAAAUCACAAUGGAGCUUGUGGCCAGAAAUACCUUAUGACUUGAUUGCCAAGUACAAAGGAUUAUUGACUUGGUUGGAAAAAUACCGGUUACCAUUCUUCUGCAAAACAAACUUGUGUUUCUACUACAUCCUCAGUCAGGAGCUCAUCAGUUUCGUUAAGUCCCCAGAAGGAGCCAAGAUGAUGAGAUGGAAAAUGGCGGACCAGUGGCUUCUGCAGAAAUGUAUCGCUGGAGUGAGAGGGAUGUGGAGGUUCUGCUCCUACCUCAAGGGCAGUGCGGGUGAAGAGUUGCUGGAUUUCUGGGUCCUCGCUGAGAAGAUUCUGAGCAUAGAUGAGACAGACAAGCAUUUGAAAGACUAUUACCUCUCCCUCCUGCUCGUGCUCAAGGCCACCCACCUGCAGGAAGGCUCCAGAGUGGUGACUCUCUGCAACAUGGACAUCAAGUCCCUCCUGAACCUCUCCAUCUGGCAUCCCAACCAGUCUACCACCAGAAGGGAGAUCCUAAGCCACAUGCAGAAAGUGGCUUUGUUCAAAAUCCAGAGCUACUGGCUUCCCAACUUUUACACCCAUGCCAAGAUGACAAUGGCCAACGAGGAAGCAUGCCAUGGUCUGAUGCAGGAUUAUGAGACUCGCCUGUACAGUGUUUGCUGCACGCAUGAAGGAGGGCUCCCUCUAAAUAUGAGCAUCAAGAAAUCCCACCGCUCCCAAAAGAAGUACUCAAGCAAGAAGGCCAAGAAAAAGAUGUGUCAUUUGAAUGAUCCUAUCUUUUGGUCUCUAGAAACAGACACUAAACCAGAAGUUUCCACUAAGCCCCAAGAAGAACUGAGUCUUCCAGAAAGGGUCCUUUUACAAAAGCCUCCCCUGGGAGAAGAUUCUCCAAAGGAGACAGUAAUCCAUCCCCUGUGCAAGGAUUUGCAGAACGCCAAGAAACCAAUUGUUAAGAAGAAAUCCAAAAUCCAACUCCACAUGGAGGGCUUCCUUGAGACAAGGUUCACUAAUCACCUGAGAUCUUCCACUCCCAUUAUUAACCAUGCUGCCCCGCUGGUAGUCAAGAGGUCCCUCAAGCAAAGCCUCUCCUUUGGGUACACUCACUGGGCCCUGUGUGCUGAUGCCUGUGCAGGGAGUCCCUUCCGGUUUCACCUGAAGAAGAUGAAUCUGAAGGUGGAGGUCCAACUCCUGGACCUUUGGCAGGACCUGCAGCAUUUCGUCAGUGUUCUGAUGAAUAAUAGACAGAAUGGGAAUGCACUCUUUCGUCACAUGCUUGGUAAUCGAAUCUGUGAACUCUACCUGAAUGAACAGAUCGGGCCACCCUUACCACUCAAACCUCAGACCCUUCAGGGCCUGAAGAAGCUUCUGCCAUCUGGGGAGGUGAACCCCUGGAUCCCCAAAGCCCAGAGAGAGAUCUGCAAGGUGCUCAGCCCCUGGUAUGAUGAAUUCCUGAUGGAAGAGGACUACUGGUUUCUCGUUUUCACAACUCAAACGCGCUUCACCAGAGCCAGGUGGCAUAAAAGAGAAACCAUCAGCAAAGAAGAACACAUCCUCAUUUCUAAAAGACUUCAGGAGUCUCUGGUGCUAAGCCAGGCCUUGGCUAACAUGCAAGAAAUAGAUUCUAUGCAGUGGCAAAAAGUGGCUACGGAGAACCUGCGGCAGGGCGGGUCUCUCCAGGUAGAACUGACUACUCCAGUGUUCCUACAAGAUACAAGUAAAAUGUCCUUUAAGGACCUCUCCUUUAAGAAUCCAAAGUUGGCCAUAGAAAAAAUGAGUGAAGACUACAAAAUAUACUGUGAAAAGGUACCUCCAACAGCUUUUACAGUGGAAAUUAUCAAGCAACCAAAAUUCUCAUACUCACAAAGAAAAGCAUCCUUUGCCAAAAAAUCUGUUGUAAGGAAGCCUUCCAUGAGACCAAGGAACUUAACAGAAGUCCUCCUAAACAAUGCACACCUGGAGUACUUCAAAGAGUUCCUCAAAGACCGGAAGUCUGAAAACCCGUUGCAGUUCCUGAUAGCCGUACAGAAGAUCAUGAUGGAGACCAAUGAAAAGACUUAUAAGACAGCUUUGGAAAAUAUAACCAAGACUUAUCUCCACGGAAAGGUCCCUGCCGAGGAAAUACUGCAGUGUGAUGCUCCUUUUAUCAAAGAAAUUGCUAAUGUGCGUCAUAUCACCACCACCACGUUGCUGAUGCUCCAGGGCUACAUCAUGAAAUCUGUGGAAGAAAAAUGGUUUAAGGAAUACCAAGACUUGUUUCCACCACGUUCUAUGGAGGUUGAGUUUAUUGAAACACAGGCCAUCCCUAGGAAGCCCUCAAAGUCAACAACACACCUACAUGACUCUCAGAAAAAGAGAUGGAUAAAAAUGAUCGCCUUCAUCAAGAGUUUUUGCAACUACCGCAGAUUCAUAGCUGAUGCCAACAAUCGCCAAGAGCUGGCAGAUUUCAUCUACCUGGAAAUGUUCAACAACAAAGAGAAUUUCUCUACAUCACCCGCCACAUCUGCACGUCAUACCCCAGUAAACCUUAGUGCCCGGAACGCAGAACAGGAAAAUGGAGACAUGGUCCUUGUAAAACGACGGAUAUUUGGCCACAGAAUUAUCACUAUCAACUUUGCCGUUAACGAUAUAUAUUUCUUUUCUGAAAUGGAGAGAUUUAAUGAGCUGGUAAGUUCAGCUCACAUGUUACAGAUCAACAGAGCAUACAAUGAAAAUGACAUCAUCCUGAUGCGGUCUAAACUUAACAUCAUUGUGAAGCUUUACCUGGUUUCUGAUCUUCCUCCAAAGCUGAGGGUGAACAUCUCCGAGUCUCAGAAGGACAUCAUCUUCUCGGCCAUUACAGAAGGCCACCUAGACCGGACCAUCUUCCAUGGGGCUAUCAUGUCCAUCUUCCCUGUCAUUAUGUACUUCUGGAAAAGGUUUUGUAACUGGAAGGCGACGCGCUCUUAUGUAGAGUACCUUGGGAAGAAGUUUGAUGAUGGAAGAAAUCCUCCCAAGUCUGUAUACAAGUACCCACCGUGGAGUGGAGGUGAGCAUGCUGUCUUAAGGUUCAGCUUGCUCAGAGGUGUCGAAUGGUUUCGACCUCAACACCCCAAGGAUGCACUGACAAGUUCACUCCAACCAUACCAAAAAUAUCCUACAACAAAAAAGAGAAGAAAUAAUCAAGCCAAGCCCAAGACAGAGGUGGAUGACCCUUUAACACCCACCCAGUACUGA